AUGGUAUUUCUUCCAGGCUGGAGACUGACUGUGCUGUGUUUUCUUUUGGCAGUGCUGGUUAUAUUCAAUCACUACUUAGCGUUCCAGUACUUCGCUGAGGAGUAUUACCUGUUCUCUGAGGUUCUCGCCUACUUCACGUUCUGCCUGUGGUUAAUCCCUUUUGCUUUUUUCGUCUCUUUGUCGGCCGGAGAGAACGUCCUGCCUUCCACGGUGCAGCCCGGAGACGACGUGGUCUCCAACUACUUCACCAAGGGGAAGAGGGGCAAGCGCUCCGGUAUCCUCCUCAUCUUCUCUUUCAUCA